AUGACUGUGGGCCGCCGGUGGGGGAGGUUGGAUGAGGAACCGGAGUCACCGGUCCGGAGAAGCAAGCGAUUGCGGCGUGGCCUCGCUUCCGAGACAAGAACCGUGGCUGAUUGCGGACUUCCCUCAGUGGCUCGUAAAAGGAAAAGAUCCAACCGCGGAAGCCACGGAAUCUCAAGCCAUGAGCCCGAGAGCAGGGAGGGAGAUGGUAGCGCUCUCGACUUGAGCGCGGCGAUCCCGACGCGACUAGACAGUGAAAUCGGGCCUCUGGCCACCAACGUGGCACUACACUUGAAUUUUACGGUCCCCAAACUCAGUCGCGCUACAGAUGUCCUUCCCCCGGACCGAAGUUCUUCGCCCCCCGCUGUUGUCGCCGGAGCGUCGACUGGCGACACGGCCGCGGGUGCCGACGCAGCUGUACUGCAGCGGCAGAUCGCAUCACUUCUCAACCGUGAGAGAGCGAGGGCUGAUGAGCAACACAUUUAUAUGCAGACAAUGCAAGAAGUGAAAAAGCUACAAGGUGAGAAGAUCAAUUCGUUAAUGAUCGAGGUUGCUCGGCUGAAUGCGCAGGUGAUGGAGCUCUCGCAUGCCAAGGCUGCGUUGGAGGUCCUGGUUGCAGGUUCGUCUCGUGGAGGACGCCAGGCUGCCGCCGCUGCCGAGCGCGCAGUCAUUGCGACCAAGAAGAAGCGUCAAAAGGACGAGGCAUUCCUUGACACGAUCACCCCGCUUCAACGCGACCUUGUCGUGGUGAUGAAAUAUGCCUCUGAUGACAUCGCGCGUCGUUGCAUGCGCAAUCUUACUCCGAUGGAGCAGUCGCCAGGAAUUGCAGACUAUCGGUGGGUUCCCUCGCCUCUGAAGAUCGCUGAAGGCGAUGGGAUCGGACCGCUGGGAGGCGGCACUCGAGCGGCGGUACCACCACUCGAUGUGGCGAAGCUAGGCAUUACAAACGGCGCACUUCUACCGCCGCAAUUGUCUCCUACCAUUCUGGCUCGCACUGCAUACAAGAUGGCUCUCGAAAGCGGAUCGCUUAUCAGUGCUCUGAGAGCAGCAUCCAAGGAGGAGAUUUCGGGCGCAUGCAUCUUCAAUGGCAUCCAAGGGGCAUCUAAGCUCUCUGCGGAGGUGGCUGACAAGGCGUCAUCAUAUAUGUCCAGCCUCAAGCGAACGGUUUGGACCAGGGUGGCCAAGGUGUGGGACGUCAGUUGUAUUCGGGUUGAAAACAAGCUGAAGAGUGCCUCAGUCGACUACAUCAUUCAUGCUCUGAACAAUGCUGCUGGCGAAGACGUGAAAAUGAUGGGAAUUGCGUUUGCAGAUGACGACAGCGGCGGGAUCGACAAAAUUAUGCGAGCAUGUAUUGACUGUAUUACCUCUGGUAGCCUAGACCACUGGCGUACAGUGGUGCCGCCUGGGCAUUCAGAGAGCGAUAAUAUUGGAGAGAGUGGCGUUGACAUCUUGUUCGUUUUUGACACCGCUCGGGAUAUUUACAAGGAGUGGGCUGGACUACGAUUGGGAAAAGACCGCCUCAGGGCUGGCGUAGCAUCAAUUUUGACGCUCGCCCGCCUCGAUGCCUGGAUCGCGACGCGCUGCGUAAUGCAGGUGGCACUGGCGAGGACAGCGCUGGGCAUUGCGACAAAAUUAUCCGACGAUGGUGCAGAGGAGAGCGAUAUACACUCUGCGUUGCUGAAGGUUCUGAGCAAAGGUGGAGUUUCGCACGCCAUGUUCACUGACGUGCUUUCACAUUUGUUACCGAAAGCAACGCUGGGUAUUCACGAAACGUUGCGCGAAAUAGUUGAUAGGGUUGCUCCAGAAGAGCUGGAGAAGACUCUGAUCUCUGAUGCCAGCGGGGAGACUUUUGAGCAUGCAAACGAUACGAGGGAGAUAACCUUUUCGUACGUCUGCCCGUAUUCGAUAAAGGAGGGCAAGGACUGCGACCGCGUCAUUCUCAGACCUUCAGCAUUCAAGAAAUAUGUCUGCGAGUGGAUCGGGGAUGUGUGCGAUGGCUUGGUGGGCGUUAGCGAGCUCACGUCUUCCCAGUUUGAUCCGAUAAGUUUCGACGGCGAGGGGUAG